AUGCUGCAUACUUUUUGUAUGGUAUAGCCAGCUGAUCCGUCGCGACGCCGACGCGACGGAUGCGAUAGCCACAAGUUUGGGCUAAGCUAAGCUCCACGGCCGCGGCCCGGUCAAUUAGCUACCAUCAUUUUUACACUGCUGAGGCAUGAGCUGUACUGUACAGCAUUUUUAAAUGUAAAAAGUAGCAUAAAGUGCCGUAAAUCAUGUCUAGUAAAAAGAAGAAUCCUGUGAACAACUGGCUUCGCAUGAAAAGGGGAGAUUUAAAACUCUUUCAUCGACCGAAAGAUGCCGAAUUUUUCAAGAAAGUUGAAGGAGUUCCUCCACAUUUUGACUUCGAAAAGGACUUGUAUCAAGCCGGCUUUCCCGUGAUUAUCAACGACAUGCUGCUAGGAGAAGUAACAGAACAGAUUGAGAAGGGAGUCACCAAGCUCCCAAAGUCAGCCAAACAUGAUGUCAUCCAGAUGCAUCCAGAGACCAUGUCACUGUGUGGCCUUUGCAUUGGUCAGCCUACUAUCGUCACACAGAUUACCACUGCAGUCAAUGAAGAUCCUACCAAGUCCAUCUGCACGGUGUGGCCCGUCCCAAACCUCCCUGCAGGAUCUGUUGGAGUACAUAAGAGCCUGCAGAAGGUGCAUGGAUGGGAUGAUGGGGAGUUUGUUAAGGUGGAAGCUGUGUGUGGAAGCGUGGCAGCAGCUUCAUCAGCAACAGUACUUGUCAGAUCUGAUGAGGAUAUGUCUUCCAUACAAUCAGACUUCAAGAAUUUUGCCGCCAGAUACCUGAACAGCAAGCACAUGAUGUACGGGAGCUUAUUCAGUGUUACUUACUUUGGCAAGCCAGUCACACUGGAGGUCAUUCAAAUCAGUGCACGCACAUGUGCUGAACCAGCUCCAUUGGAGCAGUCAGCCAUGACUACCCAAUCAGCUGAGAGACUGAUCAAGAAUCUACAGAGAACUCCCACAUCAGUGUCAAGUGAUGCAGGAAACUGGACCUCGCAUCUACGGAGGACAGACAUUUCUACUUGUUCCUUUACAGAGUCUAGAACCUCUGAUGAAGGGCUAGGUGAAACAGAUGUAUCAAUGAUAAACAGUCAAGGAGGUGACAUUACCAAUUCUAGCAGGGUUGAUGCUGUAGAUACUAGUAGCUCAUUGGCAAUGGAUUCUGCAAGUGACCUGGAAAAUGAGUUCAAUUCUCUGAAUUUAUCAGAAACCAGCAGCAUCAUCAUAUCCUCAACACCCAAGAGGACACCCAGUCUGUCUCAGAAGCAGUCACAUGAAAAAACAAUUGAUUCCUUAUCAAGAAGCCAGUGUGUAACAGAGGAAUCGGGUGUGUACAGGGUCACCAAGACAACUCGCUUAGAGAUUUUAACCUCUGAACAAGAAGAGAAGAAAAGCUCUGAUGAACAACAACUCAUCACUAAGCUAGGCGGCCGUGUGACUUUUGACAUGAUUGGAGGAAUGGAGAGACAACUGAAGGCUAUCAGGGACGUGGUGAUGAUGCCGCUUAAGAAUCCAGAUAUAUUUGCUUCUCUUGGUAUACCCCCACCAAGGGGCGUUCUACUCUAUGGUCCCCCUGGAGUGGGUAAGACCAUGCUGGCAAGGGCAGUAGCAUUGGAGUCAAGAGUCCACAUAGUAGUCAUCAACAUGCCAGAGGUGCUCAGCAAGUUUUAUGGUGAAUCUGAGUCCAGACUACGAGCCCUGUUUGAUGAAGCAGCCCAGAAUGCCCCUAGCCUAAUCCUGAUAGACGAGUUAGAUGCUCUUUGCCCUCGUAGAGAGAGGGUGAAUAGCGAGUCGGAGAAGAGGGUCGUCUCAAUGUUGAUUUCAUUGAUGGAUGGCAUGGGACAGAAUACAUCCUCUGGUCGUCAUGUCCUUGUGCUUGGAGCAACGGCGCGUCCAGAUUCCAUUGACACUGCCCUGAGAAGACCUGGCAGGUUCGACCAUGAGAUUGAAAUAGGUGUUCCCAAUGCAAGAGAAAGAAGACAGAUACUUGAGAAAUUGACGGGUAGUAUAUCCCAUAGCCUGACUGCUGAAGACCUGACACUGAUCUCAGAUUCAGCCCAUGGCUAUGUUGGUGCUGAUCUAACAGCAGUCUGUAAGGAAGCUGCGAUGCGUACGUUUGAGAGACUGAGAGCCUUGACCCAAGAGCCGAUGAAUGCAAGUCACAUAGCCUCAGGUUCAGUCACUAAGGAAGAUUUCCUCCAUGCCAUGGCCCAAGUUAAACCCAGCGCUUUGAGGGAAGUUGAGAUCGAUAUACCAAAGGUCUACUGGUCAGACAUUGGAGGGCAGGAGAGCAUCAAGCUUAAGCUACGCCAGGCCGUGGAGUGGCCCAUCAAGCAUCCAGAAGCCUUUGCUCGACUUGGUGUCUCCCCUCCCAGAGGAGUCUUGCUCUACGGCCCACCUGGCUGCUCCAAGACCUUGAUCGCCAAAGCCCUGGCCACUGAGAGCGGGCUCAACUUCAUCUCGGUCAAAGGGCCAGAGCUAUUCAGCAAGUGGGUAGGCGACUCUGAGAGAGCUGUAAGAGAGGUGUUUAGAAAGGCACGGUCAGCUGCUCCGGCCAUUGUCUUCUUUGAUGAGAUAGAUGGCAUUGCAGUGGAGAGAGGAAGCUCAUCAGGAAGCAGUAAUGUUGGUGACAGACUCCUUGGGCAGCUCCUGACAGAACUUGAUGGGGUAGAAUGUCUAAGGGAUGUCGUGGUUGUAGCAGCUACAAACAGACCUGACAUGAUAGACAAGGCACUAAUGAGACCAGGGCGCUUGGAUCGCAUCCUCUAUGUGUCGUUGCCAGAUGACCACACCCGAAAGGAAAUCCUCAACAUUCAGUUCAGAAAGAUGCCUAUCGAUGGAGACUGCUUGCUGGAGAUGCUAGUCAAACAAACUCAGGGAUACUCUGGUGCAGAGGUGGUAGCAGUCUGUAGGGAAGCUGCAUUAUCAGCCAUGCAGGAGAGUCUGGACAUCCAGUCGGUCAGUCAGAGGCACUUUGACCAAGCUUUGGCCAACGUCAAACCCCAGACCACUCAAGAGAGCAUCCGAUUCUAUGAGGGGUAUCAGAAGAAUAGUGGUCUUCAUUCAGCAUGAUGGUCAUUGAAUGAAGGGGGGGGGGCGUCA